AUGGUGCUGCACGAGCAAUUCGCAUGGACCUCGUCCCCUCUAAUUGUCAAUGCCCCCAUGGGUGACUUUGCCGGGCCUGAUCUCGCCGCCGCCGUAUCCCGUGCUGGCGGCCUCGGCAUGAUCGGAGCCAUGUUGGACCCGUCCGUCUUGUCAACGCAACUAGUGCGAGCAUCCGAAUUGCUUUCCGAUCUCAAGGAGGGUAGCGGCAGCAGCAGUGGCAGCAGCAGCCUGCUUCCCUUUGGCGUCGGCUUGAUCUUGUUUGCCUUGACCAACAGGCGGGCACAGGUCAUCCAGGUGCUUCAGCAACACCCACCCGCCGUGGUGUGGCUCUUUGCCGAGCCCGAGCUGAGGGAUUAUACCGUGUGGGCCGAGGCUAUUCGCCAGGCGCUCCCCGGAACGCAGGUCUGGAUCCAAGUCUCGUCCGUGGCCGGGGCGCUCGAGCUCGCCCGCAGCGCCAAGCCCGACGUGCUGGUGAUGCAAGGGACCGACGCCGGCGGCCACGGCUGGGAACGGGGUGCGGGCAUCGUGUCGCUGGUGCCCGAGACCAAGGACGACUUGGCCCGCGCAGGGCUUCCAGUCCGGGUCGCCGCCUCGGGCGGUAUUGUGGAUGCGCGCGGCGCCGCGGCGGCGAUUACGCUCGGUGCCGAGGCCGUCAUAAUGGGCACGCGCUUCCUGGCUUCCAAAGAGGUCGAAGCCCAUCCGGAAUACCAGCGACAGAUUAUCGAAGCCCGGGACGGCGGACAGGCAACGGUGCGCGCCGUCAUCUUUGACGAGCUGAGGGGUCCGAAUAUUUGGCCGACGACUUACAAUGGCAGAGCCCUCCUGUCCCAGAGCUACGACGAUCACAUUGCCGGUGUUCCCAUUGAACAGAUCCGCGAAUCUCAUACCCAGGCCAAGGCAGGAGACGACAAGGGCUGGGGCGAAAGCCGGAGAGCAGUCGUCUGGUCUGGCACGGGCGUUGGAUUGGUAAAGGAGGUCCUGCCGGCCGCGGAAAUUGUUCGUGAGGUCAGAGAGGGUGCGAAGCAAGUUCUUCAAAAAGCUAGCAGUCAAUGGGCGUAA